UUCCUAUCAUAAAGUAUUAAGGACGUGCAAUUAUAGCUGCAAUCACAAAUUCCAUAUGGAAGCCCUUUUCAUUGUUUUAGAAUAAUUACAAUCCCAAACAAAACUCUGUUCACACCCUUAGUAAACAAAAAAUCCACGCUGCACACACACCAAUACGCCACGUUAGCCCAACCAAACUGCCCUCAUCAGUUACGCAUCUCAUAAUUUUACCGACGUGGUCAAUCGACACCGUUUCAAAGCAGCCCUAACCUUCGUUUACAUCGGUUCACUUUCAAAUUCUUUCGUUGGAUUCUCUAGGGUUUCAGAUUUUCAACCAAUCUCUCUCUCUCUAUUCCAUUUUAACAAUUUCUUAAAUCCCUCUUGUUAAAAUCCCGAACAAUGGCGCCGACGAUGAAGCAACCGAAGCUAGGGAAAGAAUCGGAAGAACCCGAAACGCCGUCGAACCAUUUAUGGGUGGGAAACCUGUCUGGAGAGACGGUGGAUUCGGAUCUGAUAGAGUUGUUCAACAAGUAUGGCGCCCUUGAUAGCGUCACGACGUACUCAUCGAGAAGCUUCGCUUUCGUCUACUUUAAACGCGUGGAGGAUGCCAAGGCGGCAAAGGACGCUCUUCAAGGAGCCAGCUUGCACGGAAACCAGAUCAAGAUUGAGUUCGCUCGUCCGGCAAAGCCUUGUAAGAGUCUAUGGGUUGGUGGUAUUAGCCAAACUAUUUCAAAGGAAGAAUUGGAAGAAGAAUUUCGCAAGUUUGGUAAAAUUGAAGAUUUCAAGUUCCUUAGAGAUCGUAAUACUGCAUUUGUUGAGUAUUUUAGAAUGGAAGAUGCUUCCCAGGCCAUGAAAAGCAUGAAUGGAAAGCGAAUAGGUAGUGAACAGAUACGUGUUGAUUUUUUAAGAUCCCACCCUUUAAGACGAGAACAAUGGCCUAAUUCUCAUGACCUCAGAGAUGGACCUUUUUCUGGUAGGAUGGGGCCUUCUGACGGCCAUUCGAUGGCAAAAAGGCCUCAUUCUCAAUUAGGUGGCCGAAAAGGAGAUGGUCAGCCUAGCAAAGUUUUAUGGGUAGGCUAUCCUCCCUCUGUGCAGAUCGAUGAACAAAUGCUUCAUAAUGCCAUGAUACUGUUUGGUGAGAUUGAGAAAAUUAAGAGCUUUCCUUCAAGAAACUAUGCCUUUGUGGAGUUCAGGAGUGUGGAGGAAGCUCGGCGUGCAAAGGAGGGCUUACAGGGUCGUUUAUUUAGUGAUCCAAGGAUCACUAUUAUGUUCUCAAGUAGUGAACUUGCACCUGGCCUUUAUUCAGGUCUAAAGGGGCCAAGGCCAGACAUGCUCUUUAGUGAUCAGCCAUUUAGACCUACACAAAUGGACAUGUUUGGUCAAAAUCAUGCAGUGCUACCUAAUACAGUAUCUGGACAAUUACCUCCUAGUGGCAUUCUUGGAUCAAAUGUGGCAAUCAGGCCUUUUAGUCAUCAAAGUAGCUAUGAUCCUCUGCAUUCAGGUCCAGAAUACAAUGAUUUGUCUGCACAUCAUAAUAUGCAGGAUGUUGAUCCUAAAAAUCACAUGGGUCCAAAUUGGAGAAGGCCUUCUCCUCCUCUCCCUUCUGCUCAAGGUUUUAGGCAUCCAAUGAGACAGGCAUCUGGUACAUGGGAUGUUUAUGAUGUGAACCAACUUCAGAGAGAUGCAAAGCGUUCAAGGAUAGAGGCUUCAUUUCCUAUUGAUGAUGUUUCUUUUCCUUUAAGAAAGAUCGAUGAUCUUGGGCCUGGCUUGGACCACUCAUAUGGGCUUGGGCAAGUAAUUGUUGGGGGUGCUUCAGGUCCAUUUGUUAAUGUUCAAGGGAAGGGUCGUCUAAGUCCAGUGCCUGGAAAGGUCACUGCUGGUGGACCUGGACUAGCCUGUCCUGAUAAUGAUUACAUAUGGCGUGGCAUUAUUGCUAAGGGUGGAACGCCUGUUUGUCAGGCUCGAUGUGUUCCCAUCGGAAAGGGGCUAGAGACAGAACUUCCCGAAGUUGUCAACUGUUCAGCCAGAACAGGACUGGAUAUGCUAGCAAAACACUAUGGUGAGGCCGUUGGAUUUGAUAUUGUUUUCUUCUUACCGGACAGUGAAGAUGAUUUUGCCUCAUACACUGAAUUCCUACGCUACCUUGGUUCAAAAAACAGAGCCGGUGUUGCUAAAUUCGAUGAUGGAAUGACGUUAUUUUUGGUGCCUCCAUCAGAAUUCUUAACAAAGGUUCUAAAAGUUGUAGGACCUGAACGGCUCUAUGGUGUUGUUUUAAAGUUGCCUCCUCCACAGGAAGAACAGGCUCUGCAGAUGGAGUAUGGAAGGGUUUUGCAUGAGGACUCCAAACCUCCUGCAAGUCCACUUGGGCAAUCUAACGUGCAAGGUCAACUACCCAGUAAUGGGGCAGCACUGUCCCAAACUGGUGUUGCUUUAACACCAGAUCUCAUUGCUACUCUAGCCUCUUUUCUUCCAACAACCUCACAUACUGCUGUUGUAAGUGUUCAGCCUCCAUUAGUGACAUCAACUGCACAGUCAUUUGCUCAAACCACUGCACCUAAAGGAGGUGCUGGACAGAUUUGGAAUCAGGAUCAGCAAUCUUCUGAGUCUGCAGCCCCAUCUUUCCAACAGUUUAAUCCUCUGGCACAAUUACCAACAGUUCAGCAUUACUCAUCUAUAUCAAGUACACCCAUCCAAUCUGCCCAAAUGGUCCUUGGCAGCACUCAGUUUCAGGAGUCUGCUGUCAGCUUGCCACAACAAGGUGUUGCAUCUGCAAGGUCAAUGACUAAUUUCAAUAUUCCCUCUCAAAGUGAACAUGGUGCAGUUUCUGCCCCUAUCAGCCAGCAGUUUCAGUCUGAAGUACCUUCCAAUACACAGAAGGGCUAUGGAAUGAUGCAUGGAGCAGAUGCUUCUGGGUUGUAUGGUGCAGCAGCUUUUCAGCAGCCAAGCAAUCCUCUUCUUUUGUCUAAUCAGGUUCAUGGUGCUAAUGUUUCCCAGCCACAAAAUGCGAUGCAAGCUGACAGAAAAAAUUUAGAGCCUCCUAGUCAAGUACAUCAGCUGCAAUCUGUGCUUUCUGGAGCUGGUCAGGUAACAUCAGAUGUGGAGGUUGAUAAGAAUCAGCGAUACCAGUCAACGCUGCAAUUUGCAGCUAGCCUUCUCCUCCAGAUUCAGCAGCAGCAGCAACAGCAGACAAAUACUCCUGGUGGACAAGGAGCGGGGAGUCAGCUAUGAAAUCUUCUUCAAUCUAGGUAAUUAUUCCUGUCAUAACUUAUUUUCUUGAAUGGAUACAUGCUUAACUGGUUCAUUUAGGGAAUGGUCUUGAUUUUUGUUUAUUAUGUGAUAAUAUUGACCAUUAUUGUCCUUCCUUUAGAUAUCUGCAUAUGCAUUCUGAAAAUUACGUAUAGGAAGUCAAACCAUUUGCAUUUAGAACUUAGAAAAUUUAUGGGUAGUGUUUGGGGCAACUAUUCAUGGGGUUAGCCAGACCUUUUACUAUUUUGAGAGUAGGAAAUGGGGCAUCAAUAUCAGAGUGUUUGGAUGUUAUGUGAUGUAAUGAGGUGCUUGGGAUCUUUUUUAUUGGUAAAAGUGUUUCAAGGUAUCAUGGCAUUUUGAGAAUGUUAUGGAAUUGAUUGUGACAAUAAGGAUAUGGGAGUCGACUUAAUCUGAUUUGUGCAUUUGGAGAGUUUAUUUCUAGGGUGACUUAUUUACAUCAGCCAUCAUGUCCUAUAUGUCAUCGUAUGGUGUUUGAAGCUGAUUCCCUUUUCAGUUGGUGCUAAGGGACCGUGGAAUCUCUAAAGUUGAAACUUUCUAUUCUAGCAUUUAGGGCUUUUUUGCUUGGAUUGAGGAUUCUUUUACUCUAAUGCUUUUGUAGUAUGUUAAUUUGAUUCUUUGCUUGUUUGAACUAGAUUUGGGGCCUUAGUACAGGGUCAAUAUCAUACUUUUUUAUGCACUAUUAUUCUCAGCCUUUCCCUUGUGAGCCAUGUGCAGAUGGUUUUCUAUUGGUUUUAGUACUUCUUAGAUUAGGUAGGAUGGUGAUUAUUUAAUAGUUCAAGCUAGGAUGAAGUGGUUUGAUACGAGGCAGGAAAGCACUUUUGGUCUUUUCUUAUGUUGGUUAAAUACAAAUGAAUUGAGAACAGGGAUGAGUGGAGUAUUGGUGUCUCUUUCAGAAGUGUUGCCUUGUAAAAUGUUUGGAUACUUAUUCCCAUGGUAAAGGACUAAGUUGCAAGCUUUGUGGUUCUAUCAAGAGGGUCCAGAUUGAUAUAGUCUAUAAAGUUGUUGGAUAGUUAAGCAAAUAAUUGGUGCUUUGCUGGAGUGGCUUUUUAGUUGGGCUUGAUCCUGAAUUAUCAUAUAUUUUGAGUUUUCUUCACUGAGAUUAUGAGCGAUUAACCAGCUUUAGCAAAGUAUGAAGCUUUACUAUUUGCUUAUUUCACAUUUCUUUCCAGUGCUUAUAGAUAGGCUUUUU